AUGAGAUCUAUUUUGUGUUUCCUGCUUCUUUCCGUGUUCGCGGCGUCUGUGUCUGCGGAAGACGUGGUGAUUGAUUUCCGUGCCGGUGCUACCAAGUUGGGUGUGUUUUACCAAGGCAACCAAGAAGACACGACUUUGGAUUUGGAAGUGGACGCCUUCAAGGGCUUCGUGGAACCCUACGGUCACAACACGCAGUACAUGAAGACGGGAGAAGCAUUCGUGGUCCGCUCCACCGAUUUCAAGUUGCGCGUCAAGGUCAUUGUCUGGGCCAACACGGAUUACACGUCCAAAGACGAACGCCCCUACAAGAUUACACUCAAAAAUCUACUCAUGGACGAAGCCGUGGAACUCAAACUCAGUGAUAAGGGAGGAUACCAAUGGAUCGAAGAAGGAAUCUACGUCACUCACAUGACCGAUGUCCAACACGACUUUGAAUUCCGUGAUCAUGCCGGAGAAACCAUGCUUGCCGUUCGACUCUUUCAUGCCGCCGAACAAGAUCUCUAA